AUGAUCACCGGCUUCUUCCGAGGCGGUGGGGGCUGGAGGAACGGUUCUACGUGCGAGAGGGCGGUGACGGAGCUGCAAAGCCGACUGAGAAACCUGAAGAAAGAGAGGGAAAAGCGGGUCCAGGACCGUACCGGCAGAAUAGCUCGGUUCGUAGACGAUGGGGACGUGGGUGCGGCCUUCGUGGCGGCGGAGCAGAUAGUGAGGGAGGAGAACGCGAUCCGGAUCCUCGAGUUGCUGUACCAUUCGUGCGAGGUCGUCAAGGCCAAUCUCACCUACAUCCGCCGCCACGUGGACUGCCCUAGGGAGAUCAACAAGGCGGUAUCCACGCUGGCUUUCGCCGCCCCACGUUGUCCCGAUCUCCUCGAGCUUUGGAUCCUUCGACAGCUCUUCUUCGAGCGUUACAGCGAGUUCCACGACGUCGCGGCGGCGGAUGCGGCGAGUCUCGAGGGUUUCCGAGGAAGUUUCGUUGACUCGGAAGUGGCGGAGAGGCUGGAGUCGAGGCAUGCUAGGGUUCCUUAUCCUACCACGCUUGCAAAGGUUUGUGCGAUACUUCACAAGGACGUUGGAGCUCGACGACGAGGAAUUAGUACCACUGGAUCCUGA